AUGGCUCAGUUUGCCCAGGCCCUGGCCGAAAUGGGUGAAUUCGGUCGCUUCCAGGUACAGCUGGUGAUCCUGCUGAGUGUCCCCAACUUCCUGUGUGCCUACCACAUGUUUGCCCAGGUCUUCAUGAUCCAGCACGAGACCCACUACUGCUCCGUGGCCUGGGUCAAGAACCACACGUUGAACCUGAGCGCGGCCGAGCAGUUGGCACUGAGCGUGCCUCUGGAUGCCGCCGGCAACCCCGAGUCCUGCCUGAUGUUCCGGCCGCCCCCUGCCCACGCCAGCCUCGGGGACAUCCUCGGCCGCCGCUUCAACGAGACGCAGCCCUGUGAGGCGGGCUGGGAGUACCCAGAAGACAGGCCCCUGUCCCUGAAGAACGAGUUCAACCUUGUCUGUGAUCAGAAGCACCUGAAGGAGACCUCACAGUCGGCGUUCAUGGCCGGGCUCCUGGUCGGGGCUCUCAUCUUCGGGCCCCUGUGUGACCGGAUUGGCCGCAAGGCCACUGUGCUGGUGCAGCUGCUGCUCCUCGCGACCGUCGGCCUGGCCACGGCCUUCGUGCCCAGCUUUGCGCUCUACGUGGCCCUGCGCUUCGUCGUGGCGACUGCGGUCUCCGGCUUCUCCUUCAGCAACGUCACCCUACUUACAGAGUGGGUGGGGCCCGCCAAGAGGACCCAGGCCGUGGUCCUGGCCCAGUGCACCUUCUCCGUGGGGCAGAUGGCGCUGGCCGGGCUCGCCUACGCCGUCCGGAACUGGAGGCAUUUCCAGGUGGCCGGCUCCGCGCCUGUCUUCCUGCUCUUCUUCUACAUCUGGGCCCUGCCAGAGUCCGCGCGUUGGCUCCUGACAAGAGGAAGGGUGGAGGAGGCCAAGCAAGUGAUCCAGAAGGCGGCCUCGGUCAACAGGCGGAAGCUCUCCCCAGAGCUCCUGUGCCAGCUGGUCCCAGAGAAGACAGGCCCCUCAGGGAGCCCACUGGAUCUGUUCAGACACCCCCAGCUCCGGAAGGUGACCCUGAUCCUCUUCUACAUCUGGUUCGCGGACAGUCUGGGGUACUUCGGCCUGAGCUUCCAGGUCGGUGACUUUGGCCUGGACAUCUACCUGACGCAGCUGGUCUUCGGGACGGUGGAGGUCCCCGCCCGCUACUCCAGCAUCUUCGUGAUGCAGUGGCUGGGGCGCAGGCGGAGCCAGAUGCUGACGCUGAUCCUGGGCGGCCUCAUGUGCAUCAGCAUCACCUUCGUCCCAGCAGAUCUGCCCGUGGUGGUCACCGUGCUGGCCGUGGUGGGCAAGUUUGCCACGGCCGCCGGCUUUACCAUCUCCUACGUGUACUCUGCCGAGCUCUUCCCCACCGUCAUCCGGCAGACGGGCAUGGGGCUGGUGGGCAUCUUCUCGAGGAUCGGGGGCAUCCUCACGCCCCUAGUGAUGCUGCUGGCCGAGUACCAGGUGGCCCUCCCCAUGCUCCUCUACGGCAGCCUCCCCAUCGGCGCAGGCUUACUCUGUGCCCUGCUGCCCGAGACCCGGGGCCAGCCCCUGAAGGACACCAUCGAGGACCUGGAGCCCCUCCCACGGCCUCUGGACUCAGCACUUUCAGAAAAGGAAAGCGAGGCUUCAGGAAGAACUUCCGGCCCGGGGGUGACCUUCGUGAGCAGCACGUACCUCUGACCAUGUCUCCGGAGCCAGCAGGGAGCUGCCUGAACACCCCCCAGAAAUGGCCGGGGACUGCAGCAAGCCCUCCCCGCCGACCCCGCAGAUGGCCGCAGCACACUGCUGGCCUGAACCCUGUCCUGGCCCCGGGCCGCCCCGUCCUGAAGUGUCCGGGGGGGGCCUCCCUCUUCUGUUCACCCCUCACCACCUUCCUCACCCCAGCCACGGCCCCCCCACCAUUCGGGGGUCGGGCCUUGGUGUUUCCUGGGCGUCACUGGCUCUCUAGUAGGCUCGUGGGAGGACGGCUCCUCUGGUCCCCUCUGCCUGCAGGCCCGGGCCCAGAACACAGCAGAUGGGUAGGGCCUUUCCAAGAACGCAGAGUAGGAGGAGAGAAAGCUUGAAGCUGUGGCCGUAUCCGGGCCGGGAGGAGAAAAGGCUGUGGAUGGGAAGGCUGUGGUUCCUCCCAGGGGCUGGACCAGGCCCCAGGACAUUUGAUCCUGCUGAGAGAGGACUCCGUGCUCCACAUCAAAGCUUCAGUCGUGCAUUCUCUUCAAAGGUCCUCCAUCCCCUGCCCUGCAUUCAUUCAGCUCAUGCCUGAUCUUGGGGCCCAGGGACCAGGGGUGGGGAAAGGGCGGAGGCUGGGAGUUCCUCUCCUCAUCUCCCUCCCCCCUCCCCUCCUGCAGGGCGAGGGGAAAGGGCUUUCUAGCGGGCUGCGCUGGCCUUGCUUCCUUCCCCGCGCGUCCUGGCUAAUCGUCAGUCAGUGUACUCCGGGCAGGCUGCUCCCAGUCAGCUCCUCCGUGGGGGACACGUCGCUGGAUUUCUCGGUGGUGCUCCCAGGACCUCUGCCCUGUUCCUUCCUCCAACGAGUGUGCUCACAGCUGACCUCUAGGGCCCCCUCCUCACCUCCUGCCCCAGCAGUGUUCCCCACAUGGUCUCCCUUACUGCCAGCCCUCCUGGCUGGGUCCCAUCCAGUGGCCUCCAGCCAGGGUGCCUUCCCGGGUAGCCACCGUGCGUGCUUGCACCAGCGAACAGGGGGAAAGAGCUGGCCAGGGCUCUCCGCUGCUCCGCCCCGCUAACCGCCCGCCAGACAGUGAGGUCCAGUCUCUCCCCCAGGGGCCCAGGCCUGCAGAAGGGCUCCUUCUGGACCUCCCUCUCUUCCUCCCACUCACCUUCCCUGAUGGAGGCUGGAGGGCGUGCUCCGUGCUCCGGGCUGGUUUCCCAUCUUUGUGAAUCCGGCAUGAAAGUGUUCAGCACCUCUUUUGAAUACGUGCAUCUUUAUUGAUGAUAUAACAGAAGGCAGGCGACACUCCACACUUCCCUCCCCCAAGGUGGGAGUGGGACUCAAGUGACAUUUCUCAGGCACCCAUGACUGCCCGGGCAACAAAGGAGGGAAAAAGCCCAUGGUCACCUGAUAAAGAUCACGGUGACGAAGCACAUAAAACUCCAUCAGUUUGUGACUUUCUUCAUGAUUUACAAGAAAAGCUCAAUCCUGAGAAUAGUCAGACCUCCUAUAGACUCAGUUGCCCGGAGCCUUCAUGUCACCUCCUCCCUCCAUAGGAUAAAAAGCCCCAUACAGGGAGUGCCUGGGUGGCUCAGUCAGUCCAAAUCCAGCUCUGGUCAUGAUCUCACAGUUUGGGAGUUCAAGCCCCAC